CUCAUAAACAACCACAGAACCACAAGCUGGGUACAGAGGCAGUCACACAAGAGCGGGUCCGGGAUAUUGGUCAGCAGACAGGGCGAAUCGUUUUGACUGCAAACCACAGAGUUUCAUAGAGUGGUGAAAGAAAUCAUAUAUUCCCCCACUUUAAAGAGAGAGUAAGUUUUAAAGAGGAAACUAUGGCUUCAAACAGCAUAUUUGAGUCAUUUCCUUCUUACCAACAGUGCUUCAUAAGAGAUACCAGCACCAGCCGCCGCUUCACGCCGCCCUCCGCCGCGCUGAGCCCGGGCAAGAUGAGCGAGGCGCUGCCGCUGCCCGGCGCGGACCCCAGCGGCGCCCUGGCCGGGAAGCUGAGAGGCGCGGACCGCAGCAUGGUGGAGGUGCUGGCCGACCACCCCGGGGAGCUGGUCCGCACCGACAGCCCCAACUUCCUCUGCUCCGUGCUGCCCACGCACUGGCGCUGCAACAAGACGCUGCCCAUCGCUUUCAAGGUGGUGGCUUUAGGAGAUGUCCCUGAUGGAACACUGGUCACAGUAAUGGCUGGAAAUGAUGAAAACUACUCUGCAGAGCUCAGAAAUGCUACAGCUGCCAUGAAAAACCAAGUCGCCAGGUUCAACGACCUCAGAUUUGUGGGCAGAAGUGGAAGAGGAAAGAGCUUCACCCUAACCAUCACAGUCUUUACAAAUCCUCCCCAAGUAGCCACAUACCACAGAGCCAUCAAGAUAACAGUGGAUGGACCUCGUGAACCCAGAAGACAUCGUCAGAAACUAGAUGAGCAGACAAAGCCUGGGAGCUUGUCCUUUUCAGAGCGUCUGAGUGAACUGGAGCAGUUGCGUCGCACAGCCAUGAGGGUCAGCCCACAUCACCCAGCCCCCACACCUAAUCCACGAGCUUCCUUGAACCACGCCACUGCUUUUAACCCUCAGCCUCAGAGUCAAAUUCAGGAUACAAGACAAGUACAGCCAUCUCCUCCAUGGUCCUAUGAUCAGUCCUACCAAUACUUGGGAUCAAUUGCAACGCCUUCAGUGCACCCUGCCACACCAAUUUCACCUGGGAGAGCUAGUGGCAUGACAUCCCUCACAGCAGAACUUUCAAGCCGACUUUCGGGUGCUUCUGACCUGACGGCAUUCAGUGACCCCAGGGUAGGAAUUGAUCGCCCCUUCUCCACACUUCCUUCAAUUUCUGAUCCUCGUAUGCACUACCCAGGAGCAUUCACCUACACCCCAACGCCUGUCAGUUCAGGAAUAGGAAUUGGUAUGUCUGCCAUGUCCACUGCCACGAGAUACCACACUUAUCUCCCUCCUCCCUAUCCUGGUUCUUCUCAGGCUCAAGGAAGCCCAUUUCAGACCAGCUCGCCUUCUUACCAUCUCUAUUACGGAACAUCAGCAGGGUCAUACCAGUUCUCCAUGAUCUCUGGGGGGGACCGGUCACCCCCACGUAUCCACCCUCCAUGUACCAAUGCUUCCACGGGAUCUACGCUCCUCAACCCCAACCUUCCAAACCAAAGCGAUGUCGUAGAGGCAGAAGGAAGUCACAGUAACUCCCCUACUAACAUGGCUACCACAGCAAGACUAGAGGAAGCAGUAUGGCGACCAUAUUGAAUGAAUUAUAAAUAGAGGUGGGCCAGGACUAAAGUGCUUUGUAUCUGCUGAUACCCAUAGGUGUCCCAUAAACACUCUUGUUGCCUGUGGGCACUGCAAUGUCAUUUUCAGAAGCAAUUUAUCUGGAAGUCAAUACUUCAUGGGAUGUUGCCAGGGUAUUAGCUAGUUAGUCUUGGUUAGUGAAGUGAUGUCAUUCCAAAAAAGUACCCAUUUUCCAGGGCUAAACUUCUGGAAAGGAGGAUGUGUAAGUCAGUGGUCUAGAGACAGGGAGGGUUGGUAGGCAGAUACCCAUUUUGUUACCAGACCAGUGACUUCCAAACACCCCUGGUUUUGGAAGUCUCCAAAGCCCUAAAGAGUGCUUCAGUUCACUUCUACAUGUAAGACUUAAAAUCUAACACAAUCUUAGUGAGUUUACGUCAUCAUAUGGACAUGUUAGUUAUAAGGAAGUAUAGGAAGAUUCCCUGAGGGAAACUGUGAAUGCUUCUGUUUUAGCAAUGCUGUGAAUGAGAGGUUUUAUAUCUUGGAAUUAAAUUUUUUUACCAAGUUGUAUAUUCCAAAGAGUAUGGAAGGGGUUUUUUAUUAUUUUUUUAGGAUGCAACUCAUCCUGCUUUGCAUCUAAUUUGUUUUAUUUUUCUUUUGGCACCUUAAACAUUGCAAAAAAGAUUUAACUUUUUUAAAAUCAUGCUUUCUUCUUUCUUGCUUUGUCAUCUAAAAGAAUCAACCCCUUUUCAAUGAGGUAAUUUAACUAUUUUUUUUCUUCUGGACUUUUUUUUAAUGCAACGGCUACAGCCUUGGGUCAUUUUCAACUACUGUAUUAUGAUGAUGAGUUCCUUAUAUUUAUGCUUGAUGUUUAGACUUUUCUUAUUUGUUGAUACUAUUAUUAUUUAAAAUAUGCUUAUAUUAAAAAACAGCAAAUGCCUUUUUUGGUAGCAGCCAAAGUUAAAUUUAUCACAUUGAAAAAGGCUGGAAUAAUGAUGGGUAAUGUGACCUUUGAAUUGCAUAGAAAUAUUGUUUACAUUUAGCUCCCUUUCACUUUAAUCAGCCAUUUAGGUAGUUAAAAACCUUUGAAAAUCUGGGUCUAACUCCAACUGAAAUGAUUUAGGCUCCUAAAUACCAUUGAGGAACAAAGUCUUUGUACCCAAUAGAGUAAUUCUUUCCCUCCCUGCUGUUCUUUCAAGGCCAAGGGUCAUUUUUAAGGAUCAAUAAUAUGGAAAAGUAUGAUUUAUGAGGUCAGUUCAUCUCCCUUCAACUAAACAGCUAGUUAAGACUACAUGCUACUAUUGAGCCUGCCUGGCCUUCUUAUUGAUGUCAGCAGGAGCCAUCUACUAAUUCAAAGAUAGAAUCUGGCACACAGCUAUUAUUCCAAGGGUGAAAACUAGGCUCAACUGAAGUCAGCGGAGCUGAUUUAUGUAGAGCUGAGACUUCACCCAAAUUUUGCAGGACAGUAAACUGCAUAUGAACAUAUUGAAAACUGGAUUAAUUUAACCCAUCAUGAGUAAAUGGACCUAAAAAGUGCUAUCAAACUCAGGUAGAAAACAGAAUAUCGAGCAAGUCUGAUGACUUCACAGCCAUAACAUUUCCAAAGAAAGAGGAAGAAUAUCUCAAACAGGAGCACAGAAUAUCAAAUCCUGUAGAACAUUUGAAAUGCUUUAUAAUAGUAUAGUAUAAUAGUGUGUUAUGGAAUUGUCACUGUUGCCCAUCAUUACAGCACAAACAUAUCAGAUGUCACUGUACAUUUUAUGGCACUAUUUUAUUUGGGGGUUUGGUCUGAAUACAGCUGUUGUACUACUCAAGAAUUACAAACUGCUGAUGUUGACAUGUGUGCAUUCAAAAUGAUCUGAUUAUUAUUUAAUGUACCUCUUAAAUUAGUGAAACACUUUCAGGUCAACUCAGAAGAGUAUCUAAAAGCUGGACUUCAGAUCAGUGUUUGUUUAAAAAAAAUUAAAGGAUUCAAAUUAGAAAGAUCCUUGGCUGCAGGCAGCAAAACAGCUGGACUUAUUUAAAACAAUUUGUUUUUUAAGUUUGGGGAUUUUUUAUAUUGAUUUAGCUUCUUUGUUUUAGGCAGAUGCAGUAGCACUUUGGUAUAAAAAAGUUACAAAUUGAAGAAUCUCAGAUCAAUAAGGUCAUUUUCUUGCCGAAAAUAGGGAAUGUUUCAAAUAAUUUAAAAAUAUAUGGAAAGUGUUCUCCUUUUCAUGCAGUGAAAUUACAUAAAUUUCCCUGUUACAUUUGUUCUAAGAACAGACAAAGGGAAGACACUGAAAAAAUAUUCCUUUAAAAACUUUGCAAGGCAUUUUGGAAGUAGGAAGGUUAUCCUGAACUUAAAUAAUCAUUUAUGUUAUGUUUCACUGUCAGUGUCUCUUGUCUUCAGUGACCACCUCCACUGAUUAAACUGUAACUCUACAUAGAAAUAAACCUUUAAAUCACAUGUAGCCAUUCAGGUUAAGUAAUCAUUUGAACAGAGAGGUAGUUAGCCAUGUCUGAAGUCAGGUAGAAGGCAGCAUAGAUUUGCACCUUAUAAACUAAUCAAAGUAAGAGAGAGAGAGAGAGUUUGUGACACACACACGCGUGCACACACACACACACACACACACACACACACACACACACACUAUAUAUAUAUAUAACUUUAGUUAUCCUAUAAGGUACAAAUCUACCCUGCCUUCUAAAUCAUUUACCAGCGUCUUUUUACUCAGACCUUGUGACUGGCCCACACAAGCAUGGCAUGGUACAAAUAUCAACACAAGAUAACAGUGUGAGGAGCAGAGAUAACUAGAUGCUGCACUGAAGAGAACAGUGCUGCCCAUUUGCCCAGUUACUCCUGCUGUGAGUGCAUAGCUAAACACGUUUUGUUCAUGCUGAGGAAUACAUUUAAAUCUUUGUCUCCUCAGCUGUAACUCUUCUUUACCAAAGGCCAUUGUCCAUCCAUUCUCACUCCUUUUAUCCAUUUUUAAGGCUAAGGGAACAUGUAUUGCACAACUAGUACCUCUUGGCAUGUAGGAUUUUGCCUAAUGUUUAAUCUUUCUUGUGUCAAUACAUACCUUCCAUUUGCACUUGCACUAACAUUUAACCAGUUGAGCUUUCCACUCCCCUGUAUGCCCUGUCUAAGAACAUGCUGGAUCAAGAUUACAGUACUAUUUGAGAUAACCCAGCUUCUGUUGUCAAAAAAAAUCUUGAGUAUGUCUGUCUGCAGUGUGUGAUAGCUGUUGACAAAUACCUAUGUUUAAAGGAUAACCUUUAUGGGCAUCUUUACAUGUACUACAGGGGUGGGGGGGAUGCUUUAAUUAGAGUGGGCCUGAGAGUCGCUUUAAGCAAAGCACCUACAGCGUCUCAUGUAUUCAACAUCCCACACUUCAAAAUGGCAGAGAGGCGCUUUAAAGCUUGUUCAGCGGGCUUUACUUAAAGUGCUCCCAUUACGAUUUUGAAGCACAGGAACACUGAAUAUACAAGAUGCAGAGGCUGCUGGAGCGCUCUAAUUAGCACGCUCCAGCAGACUCAGUUAAUUGAGUCUCUGACACACUGUAAUUACACAUCUAUAGGCACCCUAUAUUUCCAGCAUGGAAGAGCAGAUGAGCACUAGAAUUAAACUUACACCUUUACAUAGCAAAACUGAAAUACAGAUUACGCAUCCACUUUGCUUUAUCUAUCCUUGUGAUUCAUUUAUUUGACUAGUGUGCAUUGUGGUUUUCAUACCAUGAUUUGGUCAGAAAAGAAAUCAAACAUCUCUUCUGAGCUCCAUGCCCAGGAGUCAUGUGCUACUUCUAUGGAAUUGUCUCAGUCAUCUUAUGUUAAAAAAGUACACAUAGUAGAUCCUUGAGGCUAUACAAAUGCUCUUGUGUGGGAUCUGAAAGCAGUUAACAGGUGAAAGAAGUUUGAGAAAGACAUUUCCUAUUCAUGCAUCUAUUUCUUAAUCCAUUUGUAUCAGUCCUGUUUGUAAAUGAAAUGUGGAACAGUUCUGUUCCUCCGCAAGUGGAUCACAUAGCUCAGGGUUCUAGUCCCACUAAAGUGAAGAUGAUUAUUUAUAUUAGCUUCAUCCAACCCCAGGAUUAAGCCCAUGUGUCUUCCUAUUACAGAAUGCAACCUUGGAGAACUCAGGCUGCCUGACUGCAGCCUAAGAAGUCAAGUUAUAAUCAGACAUCAGUAAACAUGGAGCAUGACUCUCAUUUACACAACAACCUCUUUGCAUUGUUCUGUGAAUUCACACUUGCUUCAGAUAGGCCUGGUCCUGCCUCAAGGACAGGGUUGAACUGGAUGACCUCCUGAGGUCCCUUCCAACCCUGCUUUUCCAUGGUUAAGGCUCCUGUCACAGUCCUAUAGUAAGGUAAAGAGGCUCUCAUGUCAAAGAGAAUCAGGCACAGAGUUCAUUCCUGCUACUGAGGGUUUCAUUUGUAGAUUAUGUUCAGUAAUUCUUUGGAAGAAAAACCAGUGAAUUCCUACAAUAUGAUAUAGCUGAUUUGUGUCCCAAGUUAGCUGUGCCUUUGAAACAUUCGCUAUUAUUUUUUGGAUGGCCUUCUGCAUUCAUUUGCUUGAAGACUCAGAAUAAACUGAUCCUUUUCUAUUUGAGCAAAAUACUUUCUUGUUUACCUGCAUCGUAACUUUUUUGGUUUGUUUUUUGUUUUGUUUAAUAUAGCUUGGUCAGUACUGAUCACUCAGCGUUUUUUCUCCUUAUCAUAGAAGGGUUGCAUCAACAGAUUUAAUUGUAUUUAUGUAUGUAAAUAGAUUUUAAAAGCUCUACAGCAAAAUAUUGUUAGUGCUUGUAAUUACUCUGCAUUUUUCUCAUUUUUCUGUGUUUUUAAUGAACUUAUCCUUGUGUUUGCUAAGUACUGUAGUGAAGCUUGUUUCUUUCCAACUUAGUUAUUUUAGGCUUCAAGAUUAACUACAUUUUAUUCACCUUUGUAAACAGUUAUAGCAUGGUCUCUAUCAAACACUCUUCACUUUUUGUGAUAGGGGAGGAAUGAAUGUGCACAAAACUGUGGGUUAUUUGUGGUAUUCUGGAUGUGACAGUUGCAACUUAAUUUAAAAUAGAAAUUUUCAUUCUGAGAGGACUGGAUAGUAAAUCUGAUAGGAUUUCACAGUGGGGAAUCAGAACAGCAUCACAGUAUAUUUGUUCAGCAUUUACUGGAUAUGCUUACAAAACAGAUGCUGCAAUGUACUGGAAUGGUCACAUUUUCCUUUGACACUGUCAUACUGAGCAUUUUCAGAAGGGGAAACUAUAAGCUCUGGCAGUUUGAAGUUUUGUUGCAUUGGUUAUUUUUCACAAGAAAAUGAGAUAGAGAAAAUGGAGUAGAUUUUUCCCCACUACAAGAUAUCUUUAGAUACCACAUUAGAGCAGAUACUUGCUGUACCUAAGGAGGGCCAGGUCCAGUGUCCAGUGAUACAGGAAAAUUCAUUAUGACUAGCAUGCAGAGCAGCUGGACUGCUGCAUUAGUUCUAAUGGAAACUUUCUUUCUUUCUUUCUUUCUUUGUACCACAGUUUCUUCUGUAAAUUCAAUAUCAUAAUUAGUGUGAAUGACAAAUAAAAUGUUUGACAAGUA